AAGUUGUGCUCGGCCGCUCCGGAUUCCUCUGAGCCCGGCGUGAUGAAGGCUAUCAUCCAACGUGUCACUCGAGCCAGUGUGUCAGUUGGUGAGGAACAAAUAAAUUCCAUUGGACGUGGUAUUUGUGUGCUGCUGGGUAUCUCUGUGGAAGACACGCAGAAAGAGCUGGAGCACAUGGUUCGAAAGAUAUUAAAUCUUCGUGUGUUUGAAGAUGAAAGUGGGAAACACUGGUCUAAAAGUGUGAUGGAUAAGCAGUACGAAGUGCUGUGUGUUAGUCAGUUUACUCUUCAAUGUAUCCUGAAAGGAAAUAAGCCAGAUUAUCAUAUGGCAAUGCCUUCUGACCAAGCAGAAUCUUUCUACAACAGUUUUUUAGAGCACCUUCGCAAAGCAUACAAGCCAGAAUUAAUUAAAGAUGGCAAAUUUGGCGAAUACAUGCAGGUACAUAUUCAGAAUGAUGGACCUGUGACCAUUGAACUGGAGUCUCCUGCAGCCCCUGUUGACUCUAAACAAUUAACAAAACUUGAGAAACAACAACAGAGGAAAGAGAAAACCAGAAUGAAGGUCCCUUCUGAAUCAAGCAGAGAACGAAAUCUUCCUAGAAGUAAAAAUGAUCCAAGUGCAAGCAGUGGGGCUGAAGGGGAUGUUUCUUCUGAAAGGGAACCGUAACUUCUCAAAGCACCUUCAGGAAAGCUCAUAAAACACUACUGGUGACCUUCUGUGCUCAUGAGGUGAGGAUGCUAAAUUUCUAGAUGAAAAAUUAUUUGACCCAGAAGGAGAAUUUGAAUCAGAAGUAAGGAUCUCCAUCAUGCUGUAUUACAAACAACCAAAGGAAUGUCAUCAAUGUCCACUGUUAAUAGGUUUUAAAGCAAAUUUCUAUUUGGGUCAUUUCUUAUUUGCCGUAUUUUCAUUGCAGAAACCAUAUAACUGUCCCUACCAUAUAGUUAAGUUUCAUAUAAAUGUGAAAUACCCACAUUAUUUUACCAGUGGAUAUGGUUCCUGGCAUAAAUGCUCUCAUCAUGACAACAGUUCCCCCCUCUGCUCUUCCAGUGGGCAUGAUCAAUCUAUCAAAAGCUAGAGGAGCAGAAUAGAAGUGCAGGUGUUCUCCAUCUUGCAUGCCCCCCCCCCCAAACAAUCUGACUCCCCAGAGAAAUCCCCAGGCUGUUUUGUAUUUUCCAAGCUGAUGAAGAGGACAGAAGAUAGUCCACCAUUUGUAUUUUGAGCUGUAUGCUGCUUAGAAUGUCUCUUAAAGUUCAACUCAAUACUUGAAAUGAAAUGUCCCUCAGUAAAGGAUGGGUUAAAUCCUGAUAGAAUCCUUUUCCAGCUGAAAUGUGUUGAUGUUUUUCAUACUCUAAAUAUUGCUAGUGUAGUGGGACAACUCUACCAUAGUUAUUGUUUUAGAAAUCAGUCCUGUUUGUGGAUCUGUACACAGCUCUUUCUGACAUUUUUCUGUGCUUCCUUUCCACACUGCCAGACAAUAUGAGAAGGCCCAUAUUGUGUAGGAGAGAGUCUCCUGCAUCUUCUACCUUCCAAACACUGAAGUGAGGGAUAGUCACAGCAGUAGCUCCUUCUCUGUGCACAAGACUGUUUGUGCUUCCUUGGCUCUACCUGAAGGAACAGUGCUGCUGCAUUAGCCCUCAUCUCAUCAGUGGAGGCCUCCAUUACUAAGGAGGAAAAUUUGUUACGCAAGCCGUAGCAGCAUAAAUAUAAUGAAUCUUACGAUCCUUUUCAUUAAAAUAAUUUUUCUCUUACUUUUUUUUUUGUAGGAGCAUGCUUCUAUUUUUUUGUACAUCUAAUGUAUCUUUUUAGAACAAAGUAUAAAAUGCAUUGUUUGUGUGUUGAGUGUGUCACUGGCUGUACAAUCUGUGGAAAAAAACUGAAUUCAAGUUAGAUUAAUUUACCAAUUAUUUAACCUGUGAACUGUGUGUGUUUAUAUAUGUCUGUUAAACUUUUUCAAAGGGAAGAACUUUAUUAAUAAAGUACAGCACCUGAACAAU